CCCGACUGGGCCUCGUACAAGCUGGGCGUCUUCAUCUGCCUGAACUGCUCCGGCGUCCACCGGAACUUCCCAGACAUCAGCAAAGUGAAGUCCCUGAGGCUGGACUUCUGGGACGACAGUGUUGUGGAGUUUAUGACCCACAAUGGGAACCUCCGUGUGAAGGCCAAGUAUGAAGCCAGAGUCCCCGCUUUCUAUUACAUCCCUCAGGCCAGCGACUGCCUGGUCUUAAAGGAACAGUGGAUUCGAGCUAAGUAUGAGAGACAGGAGUUUAUGGCCGAUGGGAAAACCAUCUCACUCUCAGGUAACCGGGAAGGGUUCCUGUGGAAGCGGGGCAGGGACAACGCGCAGUUCCUGAGGAGGAGAUUUGUCCUGUUGGCAAGAGAAGGCCUUCUGAAGUACUACACUAAGGAAGAGGGUAAAAGCCCCAAAGCUGUCAUCCACAUCAAGGACCUGAAUGCCACCUUCCAGACGGAGAAGAUAGGGAACCCCCACGGGCUGCAGAUCACCUACCGGAGAGAGGGCCACAUCAGGAACCUGUUUGUGUAUCACGAAAGCGGCAAGUUUCUCCACGAGAUGGGCAUAAGCGAGGGGCCGCAAAGUCACGCCAGCAGGAGCCAGGCAGGUGAUCUGAAAGUGACGUGGACAGCUGUGAGGCUGUGGCAAACAGGAAACCUGUACAGAGGAUUGAAACAAACAAAAGUUCAGGAGCCAAACAAACCGAAUGCAGGUUGGAUUUGGUCCCAAGGUGUGACUGGAGAGACCUUCCAAAGUGAAAGCCUAGGCCGGGUCUUUCCUGGGACAGGCCCAUUCCCUUAG